GCCGGGCCUCUCGGGAGAGCCAAGGUUCAGCUCCCGACGCUGAAACCGAGGCAGAAAGAGCGUACAAACGGAGGGAGGCGAGUGUGAGGACGUCACGGAGGACGGCGGCUGCGCUGAAGGGAAAGGAAGGGAAGGGAGACUCUCUCUCUGUCUCGCUGAGGCGCCUCAGUCUCUUGGAAGAGGAGGAGGAGGAGGAGGAGGGGGGGGGGACGGAGCGGCCGCCUCCGCACCUGUCUCUCCGCCCCGAAAACGGAGCGAGGAGGACGGCAGCGGCGACGAGUGGGUGUAGCCGGCGCCAAGCACCUGGCUCCCCUCCUCCCUUCCCUUCCCUCCUCUUCCCUCUCCGCCGAGGAAGGGACUCGCGAGGAGGAUUGGCGGCGAGGCGGAGGAGGCCCGGCCGCGACCUGCUUCUCCGAGGAGACCCGUGCUGUCUUCCUUGAGGCGGAGGAGGCCUCUGAAGAGACCCCCCUGCCUUCCUGCCUUCCUCGCUGGUGGGAGACCUCAAAGGGAGGGCGUGCCUUUGCUGUGGCUGUGUGUGUGUGUUUUGAAGCAUAUACAUUUAUAUAGAGAGAGACACACACACAAUAACAACCUCUUGCGGCCGGAGGCGCUGGAGCCGCAGCGGGAGCAGCAGGAGGAUGAACCCCAAUGUCACCUACGCCAGCCGCAAGCGGCGGAAACCCGUGCAGAAAAUAGUGAAACCAUCACCUCCUGAAGGAAUCAAGUCUAAUCCAUCAAAGAGACACAGAGACCGAUUGAAUGCUGAGCUGGAUCGCCUGGCUUGUCUUUUGCCAUUUCCUCAGGAAGUUAUUGCCAAGCUGGAUAAACUGUCUGUGCUUAGGCUCAGUGUUAGUUACCUGAGAGCAAAAAGUUUCUUCGAUGUUGCACUAAAAUCGUCCAGUUCUGCAAAGUCUGACAGAAAUGGCAUCCAGGACAAUAGCAGGGUUACAAAACCCAAGGAAAAUAUGCAUCUGCUGGAAGGAGAACUUUUACUACAGGCAUUGAAUGGGUUUGUGUUGGUGGUCACAUCUGAUGCACUCAUAUUUUAUGUGUCUUCUACAAUCCAGGAUUAUUUGGGUUUUCAGCAGUCUGACAUUAUACACCAGAGUGUGUUUGAAUUAAUACACACAGAAGACAGACCAGAAUUUCAGCGACAACUUCAUUGGGCUCUAAAUCCUGUACAGUCUUCAGAUUCUGGACAAAUAAUGCCAGGAGAUAAUGGCUUUUCACAGACCACAACGUACUAUAAUCCAGAACAGCUACCUCCGGAGAAUUCUUCAUUUAUGGAACGAAACUUCAUCUGUAGAUUACGUUGUUUGCUGGAUAAUUCAUCUGGGUUCUUAGCCAUGAAUUUCCAAGGGAGAUUAAAGUUUCUCCAUGGACAGAAUAAAAAAGGGAAGGAUGGAACUACUCUGUCUCCUCAGCUUGCAUUGUUUGCUGUGGCUACUCCACUGCAGCCUCCGUCUAUUCUUGAAAUACGUACCAAAAACUUUAUCUUCAGAACUAAACACAAGUUGGACUUCACACCUACAGGAUGUGAUGCAAAAGGACGAAUUGUGCUGGGUUACACAGAAGCAGAACUGUGCAUGAGAGGAACUGGAUAUCAAUUUAUCCAUGCAGCUGAUAUGCUCUAUUGUGCAGAGAAACAUGUCCGAAUGAUAAAGACUGGAGAGAGUGGUAUGACUGUUUUUAGACUACUUACCAAGGAAAACCGCUGGGCCUGGGUUCAAGCUAAUGCACGCCUGGUUUACAAAAAUGGGAGACCAGAUUACAUCAUUGCAACACAAAGACCUCUCACAGAUGAAGAAGGCGCAGAGCACUUACGGAAGCGAAACAUGGAGCUGCCCUUCAUGUUCGCCACAGGUGAGGCUGUGUUAUAUGAAAUGACGUUUCCCCAGCUCAGCUUAAUGGAUUCUUCUCAGGCAAAGGUUAAAAGUGGCAUUGGAAAAGGAGCUGCUUCCAAGGCUGCACUGCGCAAAGACUCUGUUGAUCCCAACUCACUUCUGGGUGCAAUGUUGCAGCAGGAUGAAACUGUGUAUCUCUGUCCACCUGCUUCAAAUAAAAUCUCCUUUGAGAGGAACAUUUUUCUGAACACCAGGGACGAAUUGGGCAAUGUAAUGGCCAGUGAUUGGCAGGAAAAUAUUUUGCCAAUAAGGAAUCACACCAUCCUCAAACAAGAACAGACUGAUUGCCCUCAGGAAAAUAAUUUAAUGCUUCCUGAAGACGGUGUGGGCCUUUUUCAGGAUAACAAAAAUAAUGAACUGUACAACAUCAUGAAAACGUUAGGUGUUGACUUUGAUGAUAUAAAAAGUUUUCAGCAGGAUGAAGACUUUUUCAAAAAUGAACUCUUAAGUGUGGACGACAUUAAAGACAUUGACAUAACUGAUGAAAUCUUGACCUAUGUUCAGGAGUCCUUAAGUAAGCCUGACCUGUUGUACUCAGGUUGCCAGCAACAGCAGCCACAGACCAUAGGUCAGAACUCCCCUUGUUUAAUGCAGCAGCAGAUAGAGCCUCAGCAACUGGACCGUCAGCAGAAACCAUCUGUGGUGGAACAGCAUCCACAUCACCAACAGCUGUGUCAGAAAAUGAAGUACAUGCAGGUCAAUGGGAUGUUCACAAACUGGAAUACUAUCAGCAGCAUCCCCCAUAAUCCUUCACAGCAACAGACACAGCCAUAUGUCUUUUCCAGCAUGCAAGAAAUAACUCAGGACUUCCCUUACAAAUCUGAAGUCAACACAGCAACCUACGCAUGUAGGCAAGAGUUCAUUCCCUACAAGGCACCCACCGGCGUGCUUUCACAGCUUCCGGAUUUUACCCAGAUAGACUUUCCAGUAGGAAGUUUUGAUCGAUCAACGUAUUCCAAUUCUUCUGGCUUAGAGGAUUUUCUCAGUUGCUGGCAGCAAGUCCCUGAAAGUCAAACUUGUGGAAUAAACUCUCAGCAAGUUAUAGUAACACCUCAGACAUGUUAUGCUGGUGCUGUGUCAAUGUACCAGUGUGUAUCCGAAACACAACCAAACUGUACAGAACAAAUACAGUGCAAUCCAGUGGUCUCAGGACAACAAGCAUUGCUAAACAAGUUUCAGAAUAGUUUUAAUGGAGGAAACCUCAACGAUGCAUAUCCACCCCAGUUAGAUGUUGUCAGCACUCAACCUGAAACGCAUCUUCAGUCUCUUCAUCAUCCAACAGAAUCGAGAUCUUUCUCAGAUUUGGCAUCCAGUGGUUUUAUGUAGUUAUCCACCAAAAUUUGUAGAGAGUUAAAUUAGGACUGGAUUACUGAAUGGAGAUUGAAAAUUGUGAUUGCACUUAAUAUGCAUGUAUAUGGGAUUUGUCAUCCAAAACCUGUUACUGUAGGUGGAAGUUGGAGCUGAUAUGGCCUAAAAGUGUGCACAUACUAUUUUCAGACAUUGAAAAUAUGCACUAUUGCAAUAUUAUUAACUGCAUCACAUUGUAGAACAUAAGAUAAGGCAAAUGGUUUUAUGGUUUAGAAAAAAGGGCACUUUGACAAUCUUAUUUUAAAAACUCUUUUAGAAAUAUAGGUUUUGUAAAAUUUCUUUUUGAAAUUUAUAUUUUAAAUUGAUGCUCUAAACAAGAGGAGCAAUUGAAGCACUCAGUUGUAUUGCAUCUUUGUGUCAGUUACCUUACUUACCUUAGUAGUUUAAAAAAAUCCUUUUAUUUUACAUUCAGGUUCUAGCACUUUAGUAGAAGGUUUGAUACAAGGAUUUGAUAUGCAAUUCUAGGUUUUGUACAACCAAAUCCAUUGCAUUCCUCCUUUACAGUUAGCCUUAAGUGCCUCACAACAUAGCUACCUUAUUUCUGAAAGGAGCUUGUAGGAAAACAGAAACAUUCACUGUAAAAUAAAUUGGUCAUCCAUCUUUGUGACUAUUCUGUAGUUGCUUUUGGUUUGGUGUUUAAAGCUAGAAAACCUAAAAGCCGUAUACUCUUUUGCUAUUAAAUGUAUCUUUGUUUUUCUGUAGAAUUUCAGAUGGUUCUGUAUAUAGUCCUUUUCCUUGUGUUAAAGACUCGGAUUCAAAUUCUUCAGGUAGAACAGGGUAAAAACAGUCAUCUAGAAAGAGAAAUUUGACUCCUCUGGAUUAGAUUGGCAUUUUAAAUACUGAAGAAGAAGAAAAACAUGUGCCUUAUCUUGUGUUACAACACGUGUUGAAUGGUCCUUUUUAAAAAGUACAAGGCUGCUCUAUGCAAAUACUUCCAUUUGAAACGGUUAUUGAAAGAGGUUGGUUAUAAAAAGCUCAAAAAGCAUUGUUCCAAUGAUAAAUAGUACAAAAGUUUACUUUUUGUAAACUUUUUCCACACUGAGGGUCAAUUUGGAUUGGCUGUUGUUUUUCAACUGUUCCACCGGGGAGAGGGUCUGUUGAUAUUCAGUAUCCCUAACAAUUGCACUCUAAAGGAAAAAGCUAUCUUUCUAUGUAUGUGGAUUCACUUUAAAUGUCUUUGUUCAAAAGAUGAUACUAAAAUUUUAUUUUAGUUCAAAUUUAGAGAAGAACUAUCCUCGUAAUGAAACAGGAUAUUUUAAAACUUUGUUUUUAAAAAUGGAAAACAUUGUAUUGGAGUUUUUAUCUUGAGAUUUUUAGAAGAGUAGACACCAAUGUUUUGUGUGUCAAAGUAGUGUAAAUGUGGGAGGGAGGGGAUAUGUACAGGAUGAAAGAUAAUGAAUACCUUUAUAUGUUGUAUAGCUAAUAUUGUAAUAAGCACCAUUUAAUGUCUUUGUAAAUAUUUUAAACAAUUGUCAUACCACACUAUUGAAACAUGUUAUUAUACACAUAUGUAUCAUGUAAAUGACAGAGCAUAGACUCUUUUAAAAAGGAGAAAAAAAUAAACCAACUCCCUCCAGGAUGGUGUUCAGAUUUUUUUUUUUUCGUGUCAGGAGUGAUUUGAGAAACUGCAAGUCACCUCUGGUGUGAGAGAAUUGGCCGUCUGCAAGGACGUUGCCCAGGCGACGCCUGGAUGUUUUGAUGUUUUACCAUCCUUGUGGGAGGCUUCUCUCACGUCCCCGCAUGGGGAGCUCGAGCUGACAGAGGGAGCUCAUCCACGCUCUCCGUGGAUUCAAACCUCUGACCUGUCGGUCCUCAGUCCUGCCGGCACAAGGGUUUAACCCAUUGCGCCACUGGAAACUUUAGAUUAAAGUUUUAGACAGUUAUAAAACAAACCUACAAGGAAUGAUUGUAUAUAUUGGCAGAAGCGGCUAUUAGCUUAUUAGGCACUUGAAAAUUUACUUUUAUCAUUAAACCCUUAAGAAUGUUAUAAUUUUGCAUCCCAAACGUGUAAUAUUGCCAUUGUGAAAAAGAAAGUCAGGUAAUUUGUAUGUAGAAUUUCAAUUUGAGGACCUAGCUCUGUUUUUGGUGAUCAUUUAAAAGGCAAUAUCUUUUGAUUACAUUGUAUGUUCAGUGAUCAUUGUAAAUAAAUGUACAUAUUGUCCUUUUAAAAAGGCUUUGGACAUCACUAAAUGUAUUAGAUUAGUAGUAAUCUGAUUCUUUCUUAAACUUUACUGUGCUCUUGUUUCCAGUAUCUGUAGAUUUCUUUUCAAAAAUGGCAUCUAAUUAUUAUUAUUUUUUACCAAGCGUAAUGUUGACAAUCAGUAGUUGUACUGUAAAACUUAAAAGGUUCAAAGGGAUAAUGUAACUUUUUUUAGAAAAAGAGAGAAAAAAGUAAAAAAAAACCCACAACAAAUAAAGACCUGUUUAUCAUAUCACUUCUGCUAAACCAAAUAUUAUCCCAUCACCAAGUGCCAAGGGUGCAGUACAGACAGGUGUACUGCCUUAUUGUAAGUUAGUUUCAUUCUGUUAUGCAUAAUAUCAACUCCGUUUUUCUUUUUUUCUUUUUUACAUUAGCUGUGCCUAAUUACAACAAACCUGUGUAUUGGUGGUGCACUGUUGGUCUACACCAAACUGUUAUCCUAAAAAGUGGUGUUUUUAUCCCUCCACUCUCUCCUUCCCCUGCAGUUCUGAGCAAAUUACUUCCUCGUUUUAAUCAGUAUUACUACCCAUUUUUGUAGAUUAUGUCUUGGCUUUUUUCUCUUUCCAGCUGUUCCUCCCCAUUUCCCUUUUGUCCUCUGUAUUUUACGUCCUGAAAUUCAUUUCUUGUGUGUUAGGGUAUGAUUUUAUAGUGCUUUUAAUGACCUUCGUUAAAACUUGUAAAGCAUAAUAUAUGGUAAUAAAAUAUCACCUGAACAGAA